AUGGACAAGAAGCAGAUUGGAGACUGCGUCAGAGUCGCACUGGCUCUAAAUAAGUAUGCGCUCAACCGGACAGUCAUAGAUCUGCAAAUGGACCUGACCUUCUUUCGCACCUUCUUCGUUGAUAACGACAAGCUCAGCAAACCACUACCAAUCACUCCCAAAGAAUUCGACGAUACCUCACCCGUGGUCGUCGUGGACUUCAGCCAUCACCAAGCAGCCGAGUUGCUCGGGGUUAGCAAGGUUAAGGGAGGAAAUAGGUCAAGUGAAACCCACCUGGCGGAUACGUGUGUUGUAUUCUAUCCCAGCCGAGGCACAGCCAAGAUCUGGUUGUCUGUGUAG